GUAACACGCUACAUAUCUCCCCUAUACGGCAGCAAAGUCAAACGAAGAAGAGCUAAGGGAGCGAUUGCGCAGACGCAGCAAUUGCAGCAAGCUAACAGCUAAGAUGGCGCUAAGUAAAACCUUUGGUCAAAAGCCGAUCAAAUUUCAGCUCGAGCAAGAUGGGGAUUUCUAUAUGGUUGGAUCAGAGGUUGGAAACUACUUGCGCAUGUUUAGAGGGUCCUUGUACAAAAGGUACCCAUCAUUGUGGAGAAGGCUCGCUUCUGUCGAGGAGCGAAAAAAAAUAGUUGCCUCAUCACACGCCACCAGCGUGACACUGCUGAAGGCCUCCGAGUGUGAAGAGAUCUUUGAAGGCAACGAUGAGAAAUAUAAAGCUGUGUCAAUCAGCACUGAGCCUCCUGCCUAUCUCAGGGAGCAGAAGGGCAAGCGGAACAGCCAGUGGGUGCCCACCCUCCCCAACAGCUCCCACCACUUGGAUGCUGUACCCUGCUCCACUGCCAUCAACCGCAACCGCCUGGGCCGAGACAAGAAGAGGACCUUCCCACUGUGCUUUGAUGACCACGACCCUGCCGUAAUCCAUGAGAAUGCCUCUCAGCCAGAAGUUCUGGUUCCCAUCCGACUGGAUAUGGAGAUUGAUGGGCAGAAACUCAGAGAUGCUUUCACUUGGAACAUGAAUGAAAAGCUAAUGACGCCGGAGAUGUUUGCAGAGAUUCUGUGUGAUGACCUGGACCUGAACCCCUUGACCUUUGUUCCUGCUAUCGCCUCUGCCAUCCGCCAGCAGAUGGAGUCCUACCCCACCGACAGCCUGCUGGAAGAGCAGUCGGAUCAGAGGGUCAUCAUCAAGCUCAACAUCCAUGUUGGGAACAUCUCCCUGGUGGACCAGUUUGAGUGGGACAUGUGUGAGCAGGAGAACUCUCCGGAACAGUUUGCCCUGAAACUGUGCUCCGAGCUGGGCCUGGGUGGAGAGUUUGUCACCACCAUUGCUUACAGCAUCAGAGGACAACUGAGCUGGCACCAGAGGACAUACGCUUUCAGUGAGAAUCCCCUGCCCACUGUGGAGAUUGCCAUCAGGAACACGGGAGAUGCCGACCAGUGGUGCCCCCUGCUGGAGACGCUUACAGAUGCCGAGAUGGAGAAGAAGAUCAGGGAUCAGGACAGAAACACCAGACGCAUGCGAAGACUUGCCAACACAGCUCCAGCCUGGUAGAGGAUCGAUUGACGUGUUGCCAGCUCACUCCUGAUUGGCUGAACCUCCUAGAGCUCUUCAACAUCGCCCCCCUGCACCUCCUUCCCACACAUCACAUUCCGCAUCUCUGCUCACGUCAGUUCUGGCAGUGGCACCCACAGAUCUGACCUGUGGUCAGCCGAGCAGGACGCCACACUUCACCCAAAGUCCAUGUAGUGGCAAUGAGCCUUAGAUGAGUCGUGGACCCGGGAUCUAGAAAAUCUAAAGGAGCCCGGUCAAAUUACACGCCUUCCUACCAGUCCGUUCUUACAUAUCCCUUCCAACAGUUAUGGGCACAGGGAAAUGUACAGACAGAUGAGCUUGUCUCCUCUCCACAGAUACAUACUAGCAAGCAGCUAUUUCUGGAUAUUCAGAUAUUACUGUGGUUUUGAAAUAUAAAGGUGGUGCUCAACAUAUUUUCUUUUCUCGUGAAUAUGACAUGGCUCUUUUUUUGUGUGAAAUUGAUUCUGUUACUAAUAAACUUUGCUAUGUUUUUUUUGUUUGUUAUGUUUUCCAAAUUGGUCUUGUGUUGAUUCAUUAAAUGGUUUGAAAUGAA